AAUAAUCAAGUUACUCGAAACUCGAUCAAUAUCUUUAUUGAUUAAUUAUGAAACAGCUAACGAAAAUUAUUUAAAAGUUUUUUGAUGAAAUUUUUAUUCAAACAAAAAUCCUAACACCAUUUUUUUCAAAAAAAUGAAUUACAAAUGUAAUAAAAUAUCAUGUUGAUUUAUUAAAACAUAAACAGAAAUAAAAAAAAAAUUAUAAUAAAAACAAACAAAUCCUGCCUUGGUUUUUUGUACAUUUGGUUGCCAUAGUAAUAAUGAUUAAAGAUUCAUUCGAUUCAUAUAUUGAUUCAUUGUCGCCCGGCCGAAACCCCGAACAUCUAUUAUAUUCCUAUUAUCGUCUUUAAUGGCUUUUGAAAUGUUUAUUUAUAUAUUGACAUUUUUGCUAAUGAUUAAUUCAACUAAUGAAUCGAUAGUAAAAAAAUUUAUUCAACCAAAACAAUGUACCGGAACCACUUAUUUUGAUACAAUUACGCUUUCUUGUGAAUCAUGUUCAAAAUUUUUUACACCAAAAUUGAUUGCAAAUAAUUCUAAAGAAUUUCUUCAAAGUAAACCUGAUGAAAGAACUAAUUGUGUUUGUUCCGAUGGUUAUCGAACGAUAAUCCGAAAUGGCCAAUUGGAAUGCUUACCAAUGCCUGUAUGUGAAACUGGACAAUCGUUAAUUCAAGGAUAUUGUGGCUACUGUCCAGAAGAUGGUUGUGAUUGUCCUAAUGGAAAAAUAUUGCGCAAGAAUCAAGAAACUAAUCAAUUCUAUUGUUAUGAAUGUAAGCCAUUUGAGAAUUUUGCUUGUCAAAGUUGUCAUAUAUCGCUGUAUAUGUUCGAUGAAAGCCAUUCAUGUUAUUGUCCUGAAUCGAGUCAUUUGAUCGAAGAUGGGAUUUGCUUAGAACGUAAUAAUCUCAUAUCAUACAAAAAGCUUAAUUCGUAUUCAACUGUUACAUUCGAUGAAAAUCGUUUUAAAUCUAAAUUUCUGUUCGAUUCGUUGAGACCUGCCAUUCACAAUUGCAGAUUUUAUCGAAAUCAAACAGCAUGUCAAUAUCUGGUCAAUGCUUGUACAAUGGUUUCGAUAGCUCAUUCAAAAGAGAUUAAUAUGAAAGAUGAUCUGUGCGAUGAAAUCGAACGACAAAUCAUUCCGGAUGAAACCAGUUCGAACAAAAUGAACAAAAAACAAGAUAUUGAUAGAACCCGAUUAUAUAGUCGAUAUCGAUUAAAUAAUAUGAUUGAUAUUGUCCAUCUUAAAUUGAAUCCCAAUGGAUCAUUGAAAGAAUAUGGACCAAUGUUUCUAAACGAAUUGUUUCGCUGUGCUCAUCAACAAAUGAAUCAUGACCAUUUAUUACUUGGUGUUCACAUCCAAAAACAAUGUCUAUGGAAUCAACUUGAACAACUAUGGGAUUAUUCAAAAGAUGAUAAUUAUUUCUAUCAGCUUUAUCUUCUUUCAGCACCUGAUCAAUUAAAUUCAAUUACCUUAAAUCAUCAAGGAUUAGAGAAUAAAACUAGAUUUUUCCUGUUCAAUUCAUUGUUGGGCCAAUCGAAUUCGAAUAAAGAUUUCGAGUUCAUUUUGUAUGCUAAACAUAUUGCCUUGGACAUUGUUAUUGAUGAAUUGGACUCAAAUAGCCAAACAUUUUAUGCAUCAAUUCGUAUCGAUUAUGAUUAUUUAUCAGCCAAAAGUAAAAAAAAUAGUCAACAGUUGCUAUCCAAACUUACUGUCAAUUAUCGUUUGGAUGAUGAUGAUGAUAUUAUGUACAAUUUUCACAUAUUUGCUUUGGUUUUUUCUUUAUCAUUAUCAAUACUUUGGUCAUCAUUUCGAACAUGGUCAAUGAUGAAUCGAAACCGUGACCUUUAUAAUAGGUUGCACAUUUUUGAUUGGCAAAUCAUACCCGUAUUCAUCAAUUACUUCAUUAUAUCAGUAUCAAACAUACUUGCUUGCAUUCUGUUGGUAUUCAUCAUGAAUCGAAUUCUCGUUUUCAAAUAUCAAUCAAUGAUGCGAGCACUUAUAUUUAGCGAUCAGCAUCAAAAACAAUUUUUACAAUAUUUAGUUAUAAUUUUUAUCUGCAAAACGAUUGAAAUGAUCAAGAAAUUAUCAGAUUCAACAUCAAUUGAAAUUUUUUUCAUCGAUUGGGAACGUCCAAGAAAAAGGACAGAACAAUUCAAACGUAAUGUAUCGCCACGAAUUUCAGACAAUGUAAGCAAAGAUUCGACAAGAAAAAUGCAUAGUGGAACUGAUAUAACCGACGUAAGCAUAUGGAGAAGUUAUUUUAUCGCAAAUGAAUGGAUAGAAUUGUCUGUACGUCGUCGAAUCAACAUUGGAUUACAUCUUUUUCUUAUAAUCUUCGUUUUGGAAACUGAAGAAUUUCAUAAAUUUUGUAAACUUGCGCCACAAUCUUAUCUAAACUUGUUGCCCAAUAAGAAUUAUGCCGAUGAAAUACCGGAAUGCAUAGCCAUACGAAUACCUACGAUAGCUUCAUUGUAUAUUAUCAUGAUUUUAAUUCAAUACUUUUAUAAAAAAUUUUUUAAAGAAAAUUUCAUCUGUAACAAACUAAAUGAAUUUAUCGAUCUUUGUUCGGUUAGCAAUAUAAGUGUUUUUUGUCUUCGCUACAAAAAAUAUGGCUAUUAUAUUCAUGGCAUUUCACCACAUGGCCAAAGUGAUGUAAAUAUGUUGGAAAUGUAUCGAUUAUUGGAUAUGGAAGAAAGUGAUCUUUGUUCCAAACGUGGACUAUUGCCUAAUACUGAUCAACAAACAUUUGAAAUGUAUUUACCAUCAAUCAUUCAUGAGCUGCUUAAAGAAUAUCGUCGACGAUUAUUGGAAACAGCAGCCAUCAGUCAUAAUAAUAAUAAUAAUAAACGGCCAAUCAAUACAUUUGGUAAUCUGAAUCUAGGCGAAUUGGAUAUGGCUAAAAUGGUUUCAACAUAUGUUCAAAUUAAUAAUUUUCUUAUAAAUUUUAUUGCUCAUAUGUUGGACAAAGCUGAUUAUAGGGUACAGGAUAAGACAAGCAUGGAAUCCAUGUUGGAUUUUGAAUCAUCAUCCGUUUCACAGGGUAUCGGAUAUUUUUACAAUGAUAGUAAUAAUUUAUUCGAGAAUAUUCUAUUCAGUGGACUUGAAACAACAUUGAUCACUUUAGAAUUGAUCACAUUCAUAAUUGUCGAUUUAUUAUCACACGACUACAUUAUCGAUGCUUUUGUCACUUAUUUACUAUCAUUGGUUAGUAAUUGUUUUCAAUUUGUGUUACAUGACAUUCUUUACAUUUUCCAUUUCAAUCAAAUAGUUUAUACAAAGUUUAUAUGGACGAUUUGCACGUAA